ACCCUUCACACCAACCAACAUUUCAUAUCAAAGCAUAAAAUGACUCUUUCGAUAUCGUCUGCUACACCUGAAAAUAGUGUUGCGUACAUCAAUGGACGAGUAUACACCAUCAACAACGCGCAGCCGUGGGCUUCCGGCUUCAUCGUAUCUCCCGACGGCAGGUUUACCUAUAUCGGCGGAAAUGAUGACAUACAGAAUACGGCCAAGGAACUGGGCCUUGUAACGGUCGACUUGAAGCAGAGAUUUGUCAUGCCUGGCAUUCACGACGCGCACAUGCACCUCCUUUACUCUGGCAUGAUGCUGACAAGCGAUGUUGAUAUCGGAAUGGAGAGUACCAGUGAAACCAUUGCUGAGGAGAUCCAAAACGGAAUGUGUAGGUGCGAAUACAUAAACGCGCGCCAGGACUGGGUCAUGGCAGCAAUGUAUAGCAACCCUGGUUUUCCGAACGGCGUGCCGGAUCGGAAGUACCUGGACGAGAAGUUUCCGGACCAACCUGUCGUGGUAGUGGGAGGCGCCGGGCAUUCGCAUUUCUUGAACACAGAGGCGUUGAAAAAAGCGGGUUAUGAUCUAGAGAAUGAAGAAGAUGUCCAAGGUGGCAAGUUCUUUCGCAGGGAGGAUGGAAGUCUGACUGGGGAGCUGGGAGAAACAGCAGCGACCAAGGCGAUGAUUGCUAUGCCUAAGCCUAGUCUGGCACAGGUCAAGAGAGUGCUCAAAACUGCUAUACACGCUGCAAACAAAGCAGGUGUCACGAGCUGCCAGGAAGCGAGUGCGAACACUCUCCUUCUUCAUGCGCUUCACGAACUCGACCAAGAGGGGGGAUUGCGGAUGAACGUUGCGACUCAUAUUGUCCAUGGACCAGAGUUCAUCGCUCACGAGUCCAAGGACACCCUCCAUCCACUCAUUCAAAAAGCCCAUGAAUUUCGAAGUCAACACGUGGACACCCGUUUUGUGAAGAUUCUACUCGACGGUGUUCCCCUACCACCACUCUUCACUCAUUGCGAGCUUGAUAGCGACCAAAAACCGAAUCAAGAUAAGUUGCUAGUGUUAGAUGCGGCCGAGGCGAUCAAAAAGUAUGAUUCACAGGGUGUAACUGUGAAAGUUCAUUGUACCGGCCAUGGCGCCACACGCAUGACACUCGACGCGAUAGAGAAGGCAAGAGCAGCAAAUCCUAACGGGCCUCGACAUGAGGUUGCACACUGCAGUGGCGUGCAUGAUGACGAGUAUGCGCGCUUCAGGCAGUUGAACGUGACAGCGGAGAUGUCACCUGCGGAAUUCUUUGUGCAUCCUUUCACCGCAAAUUCUGAAGGCCUAAUGGACUGGAACUUUCGGAAGAUGCUAAAUGCUGAUGUGUUUCUGACUAUAGGGUCCGAUUGGGGCGCUACAGCAGACCCUUCGCUAUUUGGCCCCGUGUCCAGGGUGGUCGAAUCGGUGGGGAACGGGUCCAAAGAGCGUGGCGGUGAAGCGCUAUGUCGUAUGCUGACCCUUCACGGCGCAAUGGCUGUUGGCGCAGAUAAAGAGGUAGGUAGUAUCGAAGUGGGAAAGAAGGCGAACUUCAUCAUGCUCGACAAAGACUUGAGCCUAGGAGAUUUCGACGGGGCCACAGUGCUAAGGACGUACUUCGAGGGAGAAUGUGUUUGGGAUAGCGAAGUAUCGUGAAUUGGCUCACCCAUACCUGGCUAGCUCCAUAAUUUGUUGCUGACAACACUCUUGUUUAUGGUGGAAAGCCGCUACGCAUGGCUUACGACUUCCGUCUCUUGGGCUGGGCGCGUGUCUAAACAUACCAUAGAUACCGUCUGUUCUACUCAUAAGCACCAUCAUCGCAAAUUUAGGUUGACUCCAUCCAAACGGUGAAGUGUC